CGUGCGCUUCCCUGCAUGGAAAACCGAAGCGGAUCCAUGUGACCCGCCUAUCGGGUUCAUCAUCGGAGCCGCACGCCCAUGACAGACUGCUGCCACACCAAAGAUCACAGUAACCGGCGUACACUCGCUGUAAAUCCUCACGGAAGUGAAGUUUGUGGCACAUUGGCUCUGGAACCGAUGACAUUGUUCGGGAUGUGGUGUCGACAGUAGGAGAGAAAGAGAGAUCAGGAAGAGGUGGAAUUUCCCCCUUCCCAAGAGUCCUUGUGUGUCUCUGGAUUACCUUCAAGGGUGGAACGAGCAGACACAAAGGGACACACAGAGCGAUCCAUGAUCCACCCCGACCCCUCACUCCACUGACCUUCUGUAUCUUCACGACCUCCCCAAUCCCACCUGUCCUGAUCAAAAACACUACUGCAGACUCAUCUCUUAACCCCGCCUCAAAGCGACUGUUACCAUGGCAGCAGCCAAGCCGAAAGGCCAGAACUCUCUGGCUCUUCAUAAAGUGAUCAUGGUUGGCAGUGGUGGUGUUGGAAAGUCAGCUUUAACUUUGCAGUUCAUGUAUGAUGAGUUUGUGGAGGACUAUGAACCCACAAAAGCCGACAGCUACAGGAAGAAAGUGGUUCUGGAUGGUGAGGAAGUCCAGAUUGAUAUUCUGGACACAGCAGGUCAGGAGGAUUAUGCGGCUAUCCGGGAUAACUACUUUCGCAGCGGGGAAGGUUUCCUUUGUGUCUUCUCAAUCACUGAACUUGAAUCUUUUGCAGCAACUGCUGAUUUCAGAGAGCAGAUUCUGCGGGUGAAGGAGGAUGAAAACGUGCCCUUUCUGCUGGUGGGGAACAAGUCCGAUCUGGAGGACAGGAGGCAGGUUAACGCAGAUGAAGCCAAAGCCAGAGCUGAUCAGUGGGGCGUUUGCUACGUGGAGACGUCUGCUAAGACCCGCGCCAAUGUAGAUAAGGUUUUCUUUGAUCUCAUGAGAGAAAUCCGUGCCAGGAAGAUGGAGGACAGCAAGGAGAAGAAUGGAAAGAAGAAGAGGAAAAGUCUGGCCAAACGAUUCCGUGAACGAUGUUGCAUUUUAUAGUCUCAGUGGUUUCAUUUUUCUUCUUUUAGGUUCUGCAUAUGUAUCUGUAUGAUCUAUAUUUUUCCCUGUUGUGAGUCUUCUAUUUGUUUGUGGGUUAAUGCAUUGAUACAGGAUUGAAAAGGUAUAUUUGACUUCCUAUAGAGAUCUUCUUUGUGUCAAUGAUGAUAAUCAGAAACACAUUAUUGUGCCAUGUGAACCUGGAUCUAAAAAGCUUCGAAGUGAUUGUAAUUUUUUUAUUCUCCCCUAUUCUUUCCUAUUGAAAUUGGGGUCACAUACACUUCUUAAAAAUAAUAUUUGGCCUUAAAUUUGAGUUUAUGAUACGACAGUAACCCCUAUAGUGUUUAAAAUGACUUAUGGGUAAAAUGAUUUAAAACAGGAAGUUCCUGAUGCUUUGGUAAACAUUGUUAGUGGGACAUGCACUUUUCAUCCUCAUAAACCUUUAUUAGAUGAUCAUUUCAGAAUUAUAGAGGCAGUUAGUGGGAAAGGAAGCAGAUUUAACAUUUUAUUGUCUAAGCAGCUUGUUAGAGAAAUCAGACUUUUCUAUUCUCUGCCUUGCUAUUGGACGCUUAAAGAUGUCACAGCGGCAUUGAGUUUGGUCCAGGCUUGUACCAUGACAAUAUUGGCUUUUGUGAUGUGUAAAUCCAAAAUGUCUGUUUGGACAGCUUGUGCGCUUAUGAUCAAACAUCCAGAUUUUACAAUUAGCAUCUUAAGAAAACAUUUUUCCUUCUUUUGUCUGAUUUGGUUUUUAUGUGUUUAUUGUCAUUAUUGUUCAUUUCAGCCAUUUACAAAAUGCAUUUCUCUAAUUAAAAAAUGAUGAGGAGUUCUGGGUUACUUUUUAUUUUGCCAUAGUGCUACAUUGCAUUUUAGAAAUAACAUGUUAUUAAAUCCUAGAUUUUUAGUUGAUUAUAACCGAUUGUUUUGGGUGAAGAAGUAAAGGUUUACUGUUUAACUACUGCUUUCAAGACUCUAGUAAAAAGAGAAAAGUGGAAUCACCUGUAAAGGGAACACGUUCCUCAUUUGUCUCUACAGCUCAAUGCUGUGUAUUUAUGUGAUGUUAAUAUUUAAAGAAUUAAUGAUAAUACAUCAUAUCAUUCAAAGAAAGAAAUUCACCCUAUGAAUGUUUGGCUGGUUACUGUAAGCAUUACGCUUUAACUCAAGAACCUCCUGUGAUUCAUGUAAAGAUGUCACACCAAAGGUCAGUGAAGUGCUGGUUUACAGUUGACUUUAUCUGCUGAAGUUUCAUGGUUUAUUUUUUGUGCCUGUGGUAGACUUAAAUAGCAGAAGCAGAUGUGUUCUUGCCUGUUGAAUCAUUUCUGUCAUGGUGCUAUUUCUUUGCUUACAGAGGCUUUGUCUUUGGUCUGUGUGUGUGUACUUGUGUGUACAGCAUGUGUGUGUGUCUAUAUUUGAACAGUUUAUUUCCAAAAUUAGAUACCUCCGUAAAAAAAAUUAUGCAUUCCAAUCUAUAUCAAUCAAACUGCAGUUGGUUUGUUUUAAUUUAAGCCAUAAUAACAAAAAAUAUACAGCUAACACAAUAAAAGACAAUAAAACAUAAAAUGAUAAACAACUGAGUUAUCUCAUUUUGGGAACAAACGCUUCAUUUGAAAGAGAAGGAUCUUCUAUUACAUAAAUGGACUGAACAGUGUGUAAUGUUACAAUGAUUUAUGGUUACAAUGUUAAAUAAAUUGAAUGCAGCUUUUGAGUUGUCUGUAGUAUUUCAAGAUGUUCUGUGUAAAAAGUGUAAAAUAGUCACCUGCUUCAAGUUUUGCUUCAUUAAAUUUCUCUAUGUAUGUAUGUAGGUAACAUGUUACUUUAUAACUCAUUUAAAAUGCAUCUAAAUUUAUAACAAAAAUUUUCCAAAGUUCUCCCUCUCAUUUCAUUUUUUAUAUUGUAUGUUUUUUGCUUAAAGGCAUUUCUGUUGAAUGUUUUCUCCUUAAAUAUUUGUCCUUUGCUCUUACUACAUGUAUUUAUUUACCGUUCAGUUAUGAAUAUGUGUAAACAUGUAGAAAUGUAUCUUGUUCCUGUGCAUUGCCUCUACUGAAAGAUGAGUUAUUGCUGUGGCAUCAAUUUCUCUUCGGCUGUAAUGAUCAUUUUCUUGUUUAGCAAAACACUGAAGAGACACAAUUUUGUAAUAAAACAGAAUGAAAAAUAA